AUGAUCUUGGAGUUUUUCACAAAUAUGCACGCAGAUCUUGGUGGGAUUAUUAUCAAUGGAAAAGGAAUGGUACAGCUUAUCGGAGAGAAACUUUCGAACGGUUUAGUGGAGAAAUUGGUGCACGAAUGCUUGACACCAGCUGUUCCUUAUGAAACGGAAGAUCUGCCGGCAUUUGAGCAACUUAUCGCUGCAUCAGAAGAAUUUAGCACCGAAAUGAAGGUUUUUUUUUUUUUUUGUAAUUUAUGUGUAACUCUUGUUUUUUAUUUAGUUUACCCACCCAACUCUCCGUUAGGCAUAAGUCUCCGUUAG